UAUAUAUACAUCCCUCUAUCUUUACACCCACUCUCUCCCUAAUUCCCUACCCUUUUUUUUUCCUCUCCUCUCCUUCUUCUUCUCUCUCUAUGACUGCCACUGGAUCCCCUGGAAACCCUAACCCUAACCUCUCCAAGCCCAUGUUGGUCCAUCACUUCCUGCGCGCCCUGGCGCGCGUAAACCGGGCGGCUCCGAAGCAGUCGCACGCCCGUCGGAGCCGACGGAUACGCUGCGCUGCGUACGCCUCCAUGGCCGCCGCAGCAGGGCCGGGCCGUCGAUGGAGCCGCGUGCUGCUCCGCAGGCUUCGGUCUUCGCCGAGCAGCCAUAGGAGGAGGAUUAGUGUUCGGGUUGCCAGGCCCCCGCGGAUAGCCACGGCAUCGUCGCGGGUCGAAACCCUAAGAAGGCUCGUCCCCGGGGGACGGAGCUUGGGAUACUGUAGCCUGCUGGAGGAGACGGCGGAUUACGUGCGGUGGCUCGACGCGCAGGUGCAGCUCAUGCAGAGCCUGGUGGAUUUCUUCUCUUCGUAAGUAGGGUUGUUGAUAAAUUCUGCUGCAUGCAUUAAUAAGAUCCAGAGCAAAAUGGAGAUGGAACAGGAAGAAGAAGAAGAAAAGGUGAGGUUGUUUAAUUUGUUAGUAAGUCAAGCAAUCAAUUACCUUGAGAUUAAGGGUUUGUAUAUCUAUUUCUAGUAAGAGGAUAGAUUAUACAUAAUUUGUGUAAAUAUAAAUAUAUGUUGGUUUGUAUGUUAGAGACACAUGUGAGGCUUGGUGUAUAAUUUAGGCCUUUAAUUCUAUUGCAAAAGCAUGCAUGUAAGAAUUGGAUCUGGUAUUAAUUAACAUCCAACAAUAUGGAUAUGGUAUGUUAUGGUUUGAGUAUAUAUAUAUAUA